CGGCCGCCGCGCCUCCGAGAAUGCCGGGGGCUGCCGCCGGCUCGGGACCGCGGCAAUCGCGGGACGCACGGGUCCCUUCGGCGCCCCCUCACCCUUUAGAGGAGUCAAAUCCGGCUUUUAGAGCGUGGGGAGGGUGGGGAAUCCGGUGCCUCCCCGGCGGCCCGGAGGAAGGGGGAGGGCGGAGAGGCUCCUUGGCCAGUCUGCGCCGAGCAGAUUCAAACCAAAACAAAAAGAUUAAAGGAGCAGCUACCGGGGUGGCGGCAGUCCCCGGCCAGGACCCCGGGGGUGGCGCGUCCGGGAACCGCGGGGGCUGCGUGGACUCCCGGAGCUGCGCGCGGGAGGGGGCAGCGGGCGCCAGGCGUGGAGGGGAAAGGGGGGCGCCGAGGGGAGGGCGCAGAGCCGGAGGAGGGGGCGGACCCUCCGGCUCCGCCCGCCCGCCAGCGCGGGAGCGGAGCCCAGCUGCCCCGGCCGGUCGCGACCUUGGCCUGCAGCGGCGCAGAAAGCGGGCGGAGGGCGCGGGCCAUGCUGCGGUUGGCGUCCGCCAGGCGGCCCGAACCAUCGUGGACAUGUCGUACGCCCGCCCCUUCCUGGACUUCCAGGGCUCCGCCAUCCCCCGCGCCAUGCAGAAGCUGGUGGUGACUCGGCUGAGCCCACUUCCGCGAGCAGUCACCCUGCUCCGGGACUGCCCGGUGCCACUCCCGGGGGACGGAGACCUCCUCGUCCGAAACCGGUUCGUGGGUGUUAACGCCUCUGACAUCAACCACUCCGCCGGGCGAUAUGACCCUUCAGCCAAGACCCCCUUCGACGCCGGUUUUGAAGGUGUGGGCGAGGUGGUCGCCCUGGGCCUGUCCGCCAGCGCCCGGUACACAGUGGGCCAGGCCGUGGCCUACAUGGCCCCCGGCGCCUUCGCCGAGUACAUGGUGGUGCCGGCCAGCGUAGCCACGCCCGUGCCCACCGCCGCGCCCGAGUACCUCACCCUGCCCCUCAGCGGCGCCACCGCGUACAUCAGCCUCCGGGAGCUCGGGGGGCUGCAGGAGGGGAAGACCGUGUUGGUGACGGCCGCGGCGGGGGGCACCGGCCAGUUUGCCGUGCAGCUGGCGAAAAAGGCCAAGUGCCACGUGAUCGGAACCUGCUCUUCCGACGCGAAGGCUGCCUUUCUGAGAUCCCUGGGCUGCGACCGGCCCAUCAACUACCACUCGGAGCCCGUGGGCGCCGUGCUGGCCCAGGAGUACCCCGGCGGCGUGGACGUCGUGUACGAGUCCGUGGGGGGCGCCAUGUUCGACAUGGCCGUGAAGGCCUUGGCCGUCAAGGGGCGCCUGAUAGUGAUCGGGCUGAUCUCCGGCUACCAGACGCCCACUGGCCUGGCGCCCGUGGAAGCGAAAACGCUACCGGUCAGGCUGCUGAAGAAGUCGGCCAGCGUCCGGGGCUUCUUUCUGAACCACUGCCUUCCCGAGUACAGGGCGUCCAUGGAGCGCUUGGUGGGGAUGUGCGCCAGCGGAGACCUGGUGUGCCAGGUGGACCGGGGCGGCCCGACCUCGGGGGGCAGGUUCGUGGGCCUGGAGUCCGUGUUCCGGGCGGUGGACUACAUGUACACGCGGAAGAACACCGGGAAGGUCGUGGUCGAACUGCCUCCCUCUGUCGACAGCAAGCUGUAGGCGCGGGCGCCGGCGUAAAUCGGGGGGAGCAGGGCUCUCCGGCUUCGGAACCACUUCAGCCACUUGAUUCCUACUUGGCA